CCACGCAUCCCUAAACCAUCACCACCCCACCGCUUCCAUCACCACCCCCAUCGUCGCGCCUCUCCACGCCUCAGUCACGGCCGAGCUGCCUGCGACCCCCCUUCAGCCCUGCGCGACCACCACCGCGCCGCACCGACCCUCCAGCCUGCUCUGCGCGAGCCCGCCGUGUCGCAUUCUGCGCUGCGUCUUGCUUGACAAUCCGGGCGCCCACCCCGUCGUGCCUAAACGCUCUCGGGACGCUACACCGCCGGUCGACCGCUACGCGAAACUCAACACCACCUCAUCGCAAAACUCAACACCCGCAGCCAUGUACAACGCCCAUGGCCGCAUGGCCCCACAAGCGCCGAACCCGCGCCUCAUUGACCUCCUCGACCAAAUUCGCCAGGAGUUCGACCAGGAGGCGCGCAAGAGCACGGAAUACGAGGUUCAGAUUACAGGCCAGAUCAAUGAGGUCGAGUUGGUGCGAAGCAGGCUCUUGCAGCUUGAGCGCGAUCAUCAACAGAUGAAGGCCAAAUACGAGGAUGAUCUUGCACGUCUACAGCGAGAAUUGGACAACCGCGGAGGCCCCAGCCAAUCGUCACAUCAUCAUGGCCCCUCUCAGCCACCCCCUCCCUCGAUUGGCCAUGGACCGAGCAAUCUGUUCGGCGGCAUCAUGGCUGGCAGCGCUGCUCAAGGUGGCCCUGGCCUUGCUCCUCCUCCUCAGGAGCAGCCACAGCCACAAGGCCUUCCUCCCCAUAUGCCUCAAGGCCCACCCGGCCUCAACCCUGCACCAGGGCCGCCUUCUCACGCGCCCUUCGGAGGAUACCAGCCUGCGCCUGCCGUCAAUGGUUAUGGGCAGGUGCCACCACCAACAGCCUCCCCGGGAGGAAAGCCUCGCCCUCGCGGACCCCCAGGACCUGCCACACCGCAGCAGAACUCAGCAGCGCCAUAUCCUGGAUCGCCCCAACAAGCUGCGCAAAGCCUUCUCCAGAGCAACACGCUCGCGGACCUUGAGGUGGACCAGCUUCCACAAGAGUUUAAAAAAGAGGGCCAGGACUGGUUCGCAGUAUUCAACCCCAAAAUCCAGAGGAGACUCGAUGUCGAUCUGCUUCACAACCUUGUUCAUGCGAGUGUCGUGUGCUGUGUGAGAUUCAGCCACGACGGUAGAUAUGUUGCCACUGGUUGCAACCGCUCUGCUCAGAUUUACGAGGUGGAGACCGGCCAAGCCGUGGCCCAUCUGCAAGACGGCAAUCUCCCAGACGAUGGAGACUUGUAUAUUCGAAGCGUCUGCUUCUCCCCCGACGGGCUGUAUUUGGCGACCGGAGCUGAGGACAAGAUCAUUAGGGUUUGGGAGAUUGCCACCCGCACAAUCAGGCACCAGUUCAUAGGCCACGAGCAAGACAUCUACUCCUUGGACUUCUCCCGCAACGGGGAGUUCAUCGCAUCUGGCAGCGGCGACAGGACUGUCCGACUCUGGAACAUCAGAUCUAACCAACAGUCCCUCCAGCUUUCGAUCGAAGACGGCGUUACGACCGUGGCCAUUUCCCCAGACAAUCGCUUCGUUGCUGCGGGCUCGCUCGACAAGAGCGUCCGUGUAUGGGACGCCAAUACCGGACGUCUCGUCGAGAGAUUGGAAGGCGAACAAGGCCACAAGGACAGUGUCUACUCUGUUGCUUUCGCUCCUACAGGAGAUAGGCUUGUCAGUGGAAGUUUGGACAAGACGAUUAAAAUGUGGGAGUUGACGACACAACCUCAUAUGAUGCCCGGAUCUGGACCUCGCGGCGGCAAGUGUCUCAGGACGUUCGAAGGACACAAGGACUUCGUACUGAGCGUUGCUCUCACACCGCACGGCGAGUGGGUGCUUAGCGGCUCCAAGGACCGCGGCGUGCAAUUCUGGGACCCCAACACCGGCGUUGCGCAGCUGAUGUUGCAGGGCCACAAGAACUCUGUCAUUUCGGUUGCUCCUAGCCCGACGGGCGGAGUAUUUGCUACGGGCAGCGGCGACAUGCGCGCCCGCAUCUGGAGGUAUGGCGCGUACAACGGCCCCUCAUAGGCUCUCGUCGACAAACGCAAAUGGUUUCCACCGAUGUGUGCGGCAGAUAUGUCACCGCAUGGCGGAGACUGGCUGGCUUGCAGGAGCGGGUUUCGCUGCUGGUUUCGCUAGUUCAGAUCCGGUGGGAUCAUGGCUAGUAAGAUUGCGCUAGUGCUGGGGUUUUUUUGGGGCACCCGAUAUCGUUUUGUGACGGAUUGGGCAUUUCCUUGCGGAACCUUGGUUCACGUGAGUGUAAUGAGGAUGGAUUUAUGGAAAGCAUCUUUUUUUCGGAGGGGUGAGUCCAGGGUGUUUUCUGCAUCGAACCGAUGAAAGUGAGAGAGGGGUGUGGUGGGUUGCAGGCUGGCGGGUCGUGAUUGGCGAUGAGAUUCGCGCGCCCCGGGUUUGGGGUCUGGAUCUCUCGAAAACCUGGACGAUCGGAUUGGUAGGAGCGCCGAGCUGCUGGUUGUUUUUUUUUUUUUUUU